CUUUAUGCUUGUUUUGUUCCAGACACGUCCUGGAAACCCUGCGGACUCUGCUGAAGCGCAGAUGAGGAGGUCGGAGGUUACGCAGCCAAAUCUGUCUCGCUGCCUCUUGCAUGAGAAGCUGGAAACGCUUCAGUGCUGCAUCUCUUUCAAACGAAAACAUCAUGAUCUUUGCGAUAACACGAUAGUUAUCAGUGGAGAACAAUCUGAGGAUCAGUCUGAGGAUUCCAAUCCCGGAAACGAAAAUGAGAGGAUCGAAACUGCUGAGGACAGCGACAAUGUCAAGAGUGCUAAGAAUAUAGAGGAUAUGGAGCCGACUGGUCGCUUGCAUCCAUUUGGCGAGUUGCGAUUACUCCACCAUCCUGAUACUCUACUUUAUGUUCCUAUCACUCAGGAUCGCAAUCCUAUGACUGAAGACAUGCUAAAUGAGUAUACCCGGUAUUUUUCAUUUUUGGAUGAUGGAGAUUCUAGGACUCGAGCUCAGCUUGAUGUACUUUGCAGCGAUAUGCAAGCUUUCAAGGCGGCGAAUCCGAAGUGCUGCUUGGAAGAUUUUAUAAGAUGGCAUUCUCCCAAGGAUUGGAGUGAGGAAGAGGAGUGUUUAUCGGAGAGAAUGCAACUUCUCGAUAAUACAUGGGUGAAAUGCUGGAAUGAGGCAAUGCCCAUACCUGUAAUCAAUCAAGCCCGUCUAUUCAACGAGACAAAGAUUGCUGAAGAGGAACUUCAUGCUCACAACAACAGCAUGAUGCGUACGGGACAGUCAGGUGAUGCGAAAGCAAAUGCCGUUAGUAGUAGGCCUCCAGGCUCCUUGUCCCAAGCAGAACUUUGUGGCGAAGAACAUCCAUCACCUAGGCUGCCGAAGACCGUUGUUCGUAAAAAGGACGACAAAAGCACUGCUGCUCAGUUAUUGUUGUCACAACUCAUGAAUUCGCAAUCACAAUCUCCAUCACAUGUUACGGUGUCAGCCGAUUGGCUCAGCGCAUUCCUACUUAACAAUCCCAUUCUGCUCCCACUCCUACAUCAUGGAUAUACUGAAAAUGGAGACACAGAGGUGACUACGUCCACUUCCAUCGAUGAGGAAGCAAGCAAGAAUCUUCUCAACAAUAACAAUAUCAAAUUUUCUGAGUUGAACGUGAAAACAGAGAACGAUGUGGUGUUCAGUGCACAGGAGUUAGGUAUUGCGUCUGGUGGACAGGUGACUGAAACCGACUCGUCACCAACUCAAAGUUCCAAAGAAGGCAGCCCUAUCACACAUGACUUCGCCCCAUCAUCCAAUACAUUGUGGACAGCGGCAGAAAAGGCAGCGAUAAAUAACAAAUUGGAUGAGCUGAAUCGCGCUACUGACGAACUAAAGCAAAUGCUACUUCUCCAUAAAUCCAAUUCGAAGAAGCCCGUCAUGGCGACCCUCAGCCACUGCGACAUCCCUAUCGCCUUACUUAUUAUUCUGAUCUUUUGCGUUGUUAAAACGUCUGGACAGUAUUUACCUGCUGGAGAGAAGAAAGUGAUGGUAUGCGGUUGUGAACUGACAGUAUCAUGGCAGGAUCUCACAUUGAACACCAUCUUCCUACUUAUCAGCAUUCUAAUCAACCAGCUGAUCAAACUCUACCAAGACAAACAAAAAUUGAAGAAAUCCCUGAAAGAAAAGGAAGGAAAGGAAGGCGCAAAAGAUGGGGCUGGGGGUGGCGGCGCCAGGAGUGCGCCGUCGAACGGUGGCUUCUUCCCCUGCACCUGCCCCGGAUGCUUGCUCGGUCACAACAUCUGGGCCGCAGCAUCCAGGGCAGGUGCCUCUCCCUUGCCACAGUUCGUCGGCGCACUCCUAGCGCCGCCACACCCAGCCCCAUCUGCCCCACCCCCUUCCACCUAG